ACCAUCAAGCUUAUUUAUUUUGUUUUGAGUUUUGAACAGUUUAUUUGUUUUGAUUUCCAAAUCUACAAUUUUUUGUUAAGUUUAAAAAAUUGAGUAUGUUUUGAUCUUAGGUGUUGAUAAUGUCUGUAGAUUUGUUAGUUUCUGAACAAUGUGGUUCUACAGAAGAUGUAAUUUCGUAUAUAAAUGAUAACAAUGAAAUUCGGUCGGUGCAUCAAGGUGGAAGUUUUCUCCAUAAUUUUCGAGGCAUAACUGAAUUUUUUAAAGAAGUCCUUCUACCAUACGGAUAUCCCGAAUCAGUUAGCGAGGAUUAUUUAGAAUACCAAAUAUGGGACUCCUUGCAAGCCUUUUGCAGUACGAUUAUAGGAGCUUUCACUACCCGAGCUGUUUUAAAAGGCGUAGGAGUAGGUGACAGUAAUGCUAAUGCUUUGUCAGCAGCUAUUACUUGGAUCAUGAAAGAAGGUACUGGAAUGAUUGGUAGGAUACUUUUUGCAUGGUGGAAAGGAAGCGGUUUAGAUUGUGACUGCAAGAAAUGGAGAUUUUUUGCAGACAUUUUAAAUGACUCAGCAAUGCUAAUAGAAUUAGUUUUACCAUUCUUUAAAUCAUACUCAAUGCACAUUUUAUGUCUUACAUCGGGUAUGAAAUCGAUUGUUGGAAUUACGGGUGGAGCAACUAGAGCUUCUAUAACCCACCAUCAGGCUAUUAAAGAUAAUAUGGCAGAAAUAUCUGCCAAAGAUGGCAGCCAGGAAACAGUUGUAAAUUUGAUUGGUAGUUUUGUCAGCAUUUUUCUAUUAAAUUACUUCACGUCAUCUGUAUCAGAAUGGGCCUUACUCUUAUCUCUCAUGUGUCUACAUCUAUACACAAAUUAUUUAGCAGUAAAAGCACUCAUUUUUAAAACUUUUAACAAGCAAAGAUUGGCACUAGUAUUGAGAACAUAUUUUACAAUUGGUACAGUUUUAAAUCCAUAUAAAAUAAAUGAAAGAGAAGCAGUUCUGUUAGGACAUGGUUUAAAAGUGAAAAGCAUAUGUGGAUUUGAUGUAGUACUGUGCCAUUCAUUGAAGAAGGCUCUGAAAUAUUAUAAGGCUGUUGAUGUAAAAGAGCUUUGUGAUAUAUACAUGAAUAAAAAUUAUUUACUAUUCGUCUGUGGUAAAAAUAGAACCAUAUAUGUUUCAUUAAAAAAUCGGGAAACCACUGAAGAUGUCGUAGCAGCGUAUUUCCAUGCUGUUUGUCUUGGUAUAGCGACCAGUAUUUACAACACAAUUGAAUUAGAUAUAUAUUCGAAAAGACAGUUACAUCAUCCCACUCCUAUAACCAGAUUGUUCACUUAUAUGAAAUCAUAUGAAAAAUUCCAGAAUAAUUUUAGAAACAUUCCAUAUCAUUAUUUGAAAAGUUUUUACGAAUUCGUCAAUCAAGAAAAUGCGAUGUUUUUUACUGCUCUACGCAUCAACGAUAACAAUGAAAUUCGGUCGGUGCACCAAGGUAGAAGUUUUCUGCAUAAUUUUCGAGGCAUAAUUGAUUUUUUUAAAGAAGUCCUUCUGCCAUAUGGAUAUCCCGAAUCAGUUAGUGAAGAUUAUUUAGAAUAUCAAAUAUGGGACACCUUGCAAGCCUUUUGCAGUACAAUUAUAGGAGCUUUCACUACCCGAGCUGUAUUAAAAGGUGUAGGGGUAGGUGACAGUGAUGCUAAUGCUCUGUCUGCGACUAUUACUUGGAUCUUAAAAGAAGGUACCGGAAUGAUCGGUAGGAUACUUUUUGCAUGGUGGAAAGGAAGCGGGUUAGAUUGUGACUGCAAGAAAUGGAGAUUUUUUGCAGACAUUUUAAACGACUCAGCAAUGCUAAUAGAAUUAGUUUUACCAUUCUUCAAAUCAUACUCAAUGUACAUUUUGUGUCUUACGUCAGGUAUGAAAUCAAUUGUUGGAAUCACGGGUGGAGCAACUAGAGCUUCUAUAACCCACCAUCAAGCUAUUAAAGAUAAUAUGGCAGAAAUAUCUGCCAAGGACGGCAGCCAGGAAACCGUUGUGAAUUUAAUUGGUAGUGUUACCAGCAUUUUUCUAUUAAAUUACUUCACGUCAUCUCUAUUAAAAUGGGCCCUAAUCUUAUCUCUCAUGUGUUUACAUCUGUACACAAAUUAUUUAGCAGUAAAAACACUAAUUUUUAAAACUUUUAACAAGCAAAGAAUAGCACUAGUAUUGAAAACAUAUUUUACAAUAGGUACAGUUUUAAAUCCAUGUAAAAUAAAUGAAAGGGAAGCAGUUUUAUUAGGACAAGGAUUAAAAGUGAAAAGCAUAUGUGGAUUUGAUGUAGUACUAUGUCAUUCGUUGAAGGAAGCUCUGAAAUAUUAUAAGGCUGUUGAGGUAAAGAACCUGUGCAAUAUAUACAUGGAUAAAAAGUAUUUACUAUUAGUCUGUAGUAAAAAUAAAACGAUUUAUGUUUCGUUAAAAAAUCGAGAAACUGCCGCAGAUGUGGUAGCAGCGUAUUUCCACGCGGUUUAUCUUGGUAUAGCAACCAGUAUUUACAACAAAAUUGAAUUAGAUAUAUAUUCAAAAAGACAGGUACAUCAUCCCACCUCUAUAACAACAUUGUUCACUUUUAUGGAAUCUUACGAAAAAUUCCAGAACAAUCGUAAAAUAUAUAUUCCCCCGCUUAAUUAUUUCAAAGGUUUUUACAACUUGGCCAAUUCAGAAACUGAGAAGUUUUUUACUGCCCUUCGCAGAAAUGGCUGGAGUAUAAAUUCCCACUGUUUAGCAAUUGGAAAAUAUAGAGUGGAUUGGGAAAAUAAUAAAAAACUUCCCUAAAAUUAUUUUAUAAUUUUUAUACGUUUAUUAUUUAGAAAUAAGUUUCUAUUUUUUAUAAGUAAAAAGAUCUAUUGUAAAAGUAUCUUCAAAAAAGCAAGUGAGAAAAACAAAAAUAGUUAAUAACUUUUUUGCUUUCAGUAAUUUAUUUAACCUGCUAUUCUUAUUUUAUUUU